GAUCUUUAAAAAAAAGAAGAAGAAGCGCCACCCGGAAGUUUGUCGCACCGUGCUGAUGUUGUUGACGGUGCUUUUCAUCUCUCAUAACAAACCCUUCUUUCCUUCAUACUUGAUAUGGAAUGUUAACGUGUGUAUGUAGUGUUAAACAUGUGUGACUACGUGGUAAAGAGCAGGCGGACGGAGUGAUGGAGUGAAGCUUCACUGUGUCCGCGGAGAGUCCUCUGAUGCACCAUGAUCCCUGUGCCUCUGCUGGUGUGUGUGAUGGGAGUCUGGUGUGCUGUCUAUCUCGCCGACACACUGCUCAGGUCGUCCCUGACACAUCGGAUCAGCUACGAGUCAUGGUUGGCGAGUCGAGGGCUGAUGUUGUCUCCUUUCCAUCUGAGAUGGCAGACCACCAUGUUCAACCGUCUGUUUGCGUACUGCGCCCGCAUCAACCCCCGAGCCCAAUACCUGUGGUUCAACAGCGGCCUGGUGUUUGGUGUAGUCGCCAUGGUCGGCUCAGUGGUGCUGCUGACGCAGACGCUGCAGCAGACGCUCGCUCAGAUGACCACGGACAACCCCCGGAUGGGAAGUCAGCAGGCCCUGCAGGUGGUGGUCCCUGGUGUCAAUCUGCCCACCAGUCAGUUGGCCUACUUCUUCAUGGCCCUGCUGCUCAGCGGAGUUAUACAUGAGCUGGGCCACGCUGUGGCAGCAUUGAGGGAGCAAGUCCGAGUAAACGGUUUCGGCAUCUUUGUGUUUGUGGUGUAUCCCGGUGCAUUUGUGGACCUCUUCACCACACACCUCAACAUCAUAUCCCCCACUCAGCAGCUCCGCAUCUUCUGUGCCGGAGUGUGGCACAACUUUGUUCUGUGUGUGGCAGCAUUAGCCUUCCUCUUCCUGUUGCCCCUCUUUCUGUUUCCCAUGUACUCCACCGGUGGCGGGGCGCUGGUCACCGAGGUUGUGCAGGGCUCUGCGGCUGACGGUCCCAGGGGUCUGUCAGUCGGGGACAUAGUGAGCGGGCUGGAGGACUGUCCGGUCAGGGGAGUGGAUGACUGGAGCAGCUGCUUGUCUCGCAUUUCUCUCACCCCACAGACUGGAUACUGUGUCCCCAGCGCCAGCCUGCAGCCCAGCUGGGCCCACGGGCGAGCUUUCAAGCGCUUGGAUGGAACGAUGGACUGCUGCAGCAACAACAGCCUGACAGACCUCUGUUUCUCUUACAUGAAACCACAGGGCAAGAACAGCAGAGAGUACGCCUGCAUGCCGGUGCGUAAGAUGGUGACGGGGACACGAGUGUGUCGUACCAACGGCGACUGCGCCGCACACUCCCACGCCGCCAGCAUAUGCGUCACUCCGUCUCUGGAGAACCAGACCCGCUUCAUCCGUGUCACACACCCGCCCAACACACACAUGCUGUUUGUGGGCUAUCCGCCGCACCUUCAGUACGCUGUGAGUCUGACCAACUUUUUGCCCCGCUUUGGUUUCCUCCACCUGGAUCUUCCUGUUUUCUUGGAGACCUUCUGCAAAUAUGUGGUGUCUCUCUCUGGUGCGUUAGCAGUAGUAAACUCCGUGCCGUGCUUCGCGCUCGACGGUCAGUGGAUGCUGAACGCCCUGCUGGAGGCCACGCUGGUAACCGUGGUAACGGACCGUCAAAAGCGCGAGCUGAUCGGUUUCUUCCUGCUGCUUGCGGGCAGCGCCCUGCUGGCAGCCAACGUGGCACUGGGCCUGUGGAUGGUCACGGCGCGGUAGCCACAGCGGUGAGCUUCCCUGGCAAGACAAAGAACCAAAUGAAUAAAUCCCCGCGUGGACCGAGAGUUGUUCUCUCAGGUUGUGUUUGACACGUGUGGACCAUUAAAACUGUGAACAUACAGGGAACAGACUGCAUUAGCCAGCAGUGCUGUCCAAUUUCAGGAGACUGUUGAGCAUUAUUCUGCCUUUAAGGCUUUACUGGACCACCAGGGAAAACAAUAACACCUUUUUCCACCGUGUUGCCGCAUACUUAAAAAAAGCACAUGUACAAAUAAAUGAUGCACUUGCCGUAAAGCACUGUCCUAUGUGACUGUUUACAAAGACUGCACAAUCUUUCCGAUUGUUAAUAUCUGUGUGAAGUUUAAGAGAAAAACCGUCUUGGGUUUUUCAAGGGCUUGAUUCCAAAACGCCAUAUGUUCCUGUUGACACACUGUUUGACUCAAUCUCAAUGUGCUGCAGAGAGGUGCCCAAUGCCCAUGGAAGUUAAGUUGAUCAGAGAAGAUAAGAUUAAAAAAAAAUAGAAGAAGUUUAAAACGCCUUCCAUUUAUUGGCAAAUGCAUGGCAAUACCUUGAAUUUCUACUACAUAUCACUGGUGGAAUAAAUGUACUAGCUAAUAUUCAUGUGACAGUGUAUUUCAAUGGAACUCGGCUCAUCACAAGUGUGUACAUGAAUUAAUGAAUGAGGAUGAUGACUACUACAACAUUUUGUAACAUUCAACAAAUGUUUAAAGGCUUGUAUCCCAUUUGCUCUGAAACCCAUUUGCUCUGUUAAGUGUCUUUCUUUUCCUCGGCCACUGUAGUGGGGAAAAUGAAUUUGUCCGUGAACCUUAUCCCUCUUUUUUUCUCAAAGUUUGUUUCACUUUUACUCUCUUGGCUGCUCACCGUCUGCCAUCCGGUUGUGAAAGUUGAUUUAUUAAACUUGUGGAAUAAAAGACUGCUUUUAUUUAA